GCCGUUGCCUCAAGUGUGGCUUCCAUUUCCUCGGUGACAAAUCUAUUUCUGCAGCCUCUUUCUUGAUCUCGUCGCGUUUAGACUGAGAAAAAAAAAAAAAAAAAACCUCCAACCGGUUUCGCUAGCCUUCUUUUGCGGCUGAACAAAAAUCCUCUGUCAGCAUCUUCCUAGAAUUUGAAGAUAUACCAUUUUCCUUCUCUCCAUCAAUUUGGAAAAGGGAAAACCCAAAAAUUUUUAUUUUGUUAUCUAAGCCGAAGAUUUAUAGACAGAAAAAGGUGGUUAUGGCUUCAAGAACAUUCGCUAAAGAUAUAAUCACCCUUCGAGGUUCAGCGGCAAUUGUUAGCGAGUUCUUUGGGUACGCUGCAAACAGUAUUCUGUACAAUCGCGGAGUAUACCCGGAAGAAAGUUUUGUGAAGAUGAAAAAAUAUGGGCUUCCAAUGUUGCUUACUCAGGAUGAGGGUGUCAAAUCCUUCAUUGCCAACUUAACCGCUCAGCUUUCUGAAUGGCUGGAAUCUGGAAAGUUACAGAGAAUUGUUCUUGUUAUAAUGAGUAAGGCUACCAAUGAGGUCCUAGAAAGGUGGAACUUUAGCAUUGAAACAGACGGCGAGGUUGUCGAGAAGGGGGUCUCAAGAGAGAAGAGUGACAAGGAAAUCAUGAGGGAGAUACAGGCUAUAAUGCGCCAGAUUGCUUCAAGCAUUACCUACUUGCCAUGCCUUGACGAACCUUGUGUGUUUGAUGUGUUGGCAUACACUGAUAAAGAUGUUGCAAUUCCAUUCACUUGGAUUGAGAGCGACCCCAAACUUAUAGCUAAUCCACAAAUGGUAAAACUGCAUUCCUUUGAUACAAAGAUUCACAAGGUUGACACUCUUGUUUCGUACAAGAACGAUGAAUGGGACGAGCAGUAGAGAAAGAAUCCUUCCGUGAUUGGUUCCCUUUGUUUUGUUUUGAGCGGUGAUUGUGAAUCUUUUAUUCACAUUUUGUACGAAAUGUCCAUUUUUAUUUUGUGUGGUUGACUUGCUUCCUUUAUUUUUUGGAGAAAUGAAGUGUAGAAUGCAUGUCUUGCUUCCUCUUGGCUGACACAUUUCUGUCAUGCCGUUGAUGAGUCUUACUAAAAACAGGAAUGUGAAUAAAUGGUU